CCGAAACUCAGUGCUGAGAGCUUUCAUAGAAACGCUUUAAUGGGUGUCGUCAAUACACUAAAAGUCGUUAUUCAUCAGCCUAUUAAAGGACGUUAAUCACAGUAAUAUCAUUUCUAUUCGUGGCUCAUUUUAAAGUGACACCAUGGGAGGAACAGAUGAUCCUGAAGUUCUUACAAAUACUGAGCAUAAUAAACUCCUGCAUUACUACUGUAGUGUUACAGUGAUCUUUAUGUACUAGUGAGCUCGAGGCUAUUUUUAGAAAGUUACGUCACCGCACAGUGGAGGGCGCAUCUCCCUCUCGGUACAGCAGAACAUCAUAAUCACCGGUAACGGUAACGGAGAACUACUGGUCCCUCCUUCUCCCUCAUGGACCGGAACCACGCAGCACCACGUGACCCGGGAGCCCUGGACUAAACGAGCAUCUCACACCGCAUCAUGGCUGCGGAGGAUGCGGCCGCGCGGUUCCGAGCCGGAGCCCUGCUCUCCAGCGGGGCUCCGCUCUCUCUGUACCGCCUGCUGCUGCUCUCCCUGUCCGCCUGCUCCCUGCUCCCCGCCCCGGCGCUCGGCUUGCUCGGCUUUCGGCCGGAGGAGACCGGGGCGGAGCUGUCCGUGGAGGACGGGGUGCUGAAAGCCACCGAGGGGACCCGCUUCAUGCUGCGGGUUUACUAUUCCACCUCCCCGCAGAGGCUCAACCGCACCGCGGCGACUCGCGCCAACAACGCCGCGCCCUGGAUCGCCUUCAUCGAGGAGCCAACUCCCGGGCGAGAGGGACAAGUUCACCCGAAGCGGAACAUGUGCAUGGACAAGAACGCCAGGACGUCCGACAUCGAGGUUUUGGGCUCUUUCAAGUCUGCUUCGAGUCAGAACUCUGUGUUAGUGGAGCUGUUGGCCAAGGACCUGCGGAGGGGGGAGAAGAUAAAAUACUACUCCAUGUGCGCCUUCGACGGAUCCAAAUGGGAACACUACCGGACGCGGGAUUUCUGGGUGGCCGUGGUGGAGCGCUCGGCUGUCCCGGAUCUCUGGCUGCAAGUUCUGGUGUCAGUCCUGCUGCUCGGGCUGUCAGCUUUGUUCAGCGGGCUGAACCUGAGUCUGCUGGCGCUGGACCCGGUGGAGCUGCAGGUCCUGCAGAACAGCGGCACCGACAAGGAGCAGAAUUACGCGCGGAAAAUCGAGUCUGUGCGUCGGCACGGUAACUACGUCCUCUGCACUUUACUCCUGGGAAACGCGAUCAUCAACGCCUCGCUCGCCGUGUGGAUGUGUCAAAUCCUGGGCAUGACCUGGCUCUCCACGGUCAUCUGCGCUUUCGGCAUCUUCUUCAUCGGGGAGAUCCUUCCGCACUCGGUGGCAUCGCGGCAUGGCCUCGCCAUCGCUUCGAAAACCAUCUGGGUGACGCGGCUGCUGAUGGUGCUCUCCUUCCCCAUCUCCUACCCCAUCAGCAAACUCCUGGACCUCAUCCUCAACCAGGAGAUAUCCAACUUCUACACCAGAGAGAAACUCCUGGAGAUGCUGCGCGUCACCGACCCGUACCACGACCUGGUGAAAGAAGAGCUCAACAUCAUCCAGGGAGCGCUGGAGCUGCGCACCAAAACCGUGGAGGACGUCCUGACGCCGCUGACUGACUGCUUCAUGCUGGCCUCGGACGUGGUGCUGGACUUUAACACCAUGUCGGAGAUCAUGCAGAGCGGAUACACGAGGAUACCGGUGUUUGAGAACGAGCGGUCCAACAUCGUGGACAUCCUGUUUGUCAAGGACCUGGCGUUCGUGGACCCGGAUGACUGCACCCCGCUGAAGACCAUCACCCAGUUCUACAAACACCCGCUGCACUGCGUCUUCAACGACACCAAACUGGACGCCAUGCUGGAGGAGUUCAAGAAAGGAAAGUCGCACCUCGCCAUCGUGCAGCGAGUGAACAAUGAGGGUGAAGGAGAUCCUUUCUACGAGGUGAUGGGCAUCGUCACCCUGGAGGACGUCAUCGAGGAAAUCAUCAAGUCAGAGAUCCUGGACGAGACCGACCUCUACACUGAUAAUCGAACAAAGCGGCGCGUUUCUCACCACGAGCGGAAGCAGCAGGACUUCUCCAUCUUCAAACUGUCAGAGAACGAGAUGAAAGUGAAGAUUUCUCCUCAGCUUCUCCUGGCAACACACCGCUUCCUCUCCACAGAGGUGGAACCCUUCAAACCAGCUCACAUCUCAGAGAAGAUCUUGUUGAGGCUGAUCAAACACCCCAGCGUGGUUCAGGAGCUCAAGUUUGACGAGAAGAACAAGCGAGCGCAGCAGCACUUUCUGUUCCAACGCAACAAACCAGUGGACUACUUCAUCCUGGUGCUGCAGGGUCGGGUUGAGGUGGAGUUCGGUAAGGAGGCGCUCAGGUUUGAGAAUGGAGCGUUCUCUUACUUUGGGGUUCCUGCCAUCAUGCCAACAGUCCACAGGUCCCCCUCUCGCAGCAGUGGUUUGGACCGCUCUGAGUCCAUGCUGUACGCAGGGAGCAUGGGGCAGCUGAACGGAGGGGGGAACGUCUACCUGCCAGAUUACUCUGUCAGACAGCUCACACACCUUCAGAUCAUCAAGAUCACCCGGAGCCACUACCAGAACGCUGUGACAGCCACCAGGAUGGACAGCUCUCCUCAGACGCCCGACGCCGACACUCGUCUGACAGAGGGAAACACCCCGACCCCGGAGCCUCCGACAGCGGAGCAUGCCGCCACGCUGAUGCCCCCGGGGCACACCACCGCCACCCUCAUGCCUCCACCCAGGGAGUUCAACCGGCCCGGCUCGGCGAGAACCCACGGACAGCAGUCCAGCGUCCCACACAACACCUCCCUGCUGAACGAGAAGAACCGCAUCGUCCGGAGUAAAUCUGACGGCCAGAAGAGUCCCAGCGAUUCAGUGUUUCUCAGGAUGGACGAGAUCCCCUACAUCAGAGAGGACAGAUCUGAGGCUGACGCACACACUGACAUGGCCUCUGUUCCCAUAGAAACGGACACGUCUCCUUUCAUCAGCAGCCUGUCGCUGAGCGGCUCAGAGGACACACUGGGCAAGAAACUCCUGCUCAAACUCAGCCACAAGAAGAGGAAAAAAUCACGCGAAGGAGAGAAAACACCAGAGGACAUUUCAGAGCAGCCGCUGGUUAAAACCUAGCAGAGAGUGAAACAGACGUGAACUCUCCAUCAUCUGAUGGGUCUUUAAGAUGUUUGUAAAGACGAUGUGGUUGGAGAACUACAGCUAUCAGAGUUUUAUCUGAGAACACACACCCCCACUGCAGGAGAUCAUAAAGUGUGGACCCAUCAUACUGAACACAUUAUGGGGGGGUGCAGCUGUGGCAAUACGCAUUAAACUGUAGCUUCUCAUCUUCACAGGUUUUUCAUGCUGAUGCUCGUAUAUAAAAGAAAAAAAAAAGAGUUUUUAUACGCUACACACCCUCCUCACAUGUGAUCACUUCUCCAAUGGAGCUAGAGGAAAUGACAGUACACAGGAAACGGAUGGAAGACACCAAAGAUGUUGCUGUUUUGUACAUACUGCUCCAAAAUGCACAGGAGAAAUCUCAACAACAACAGAAGUCAACUAGUUGCUUUGUGUUCAGGCUUUUAAUUUUGAAAGGUCGUCUGUUUAAUGCUUCUUACCUUCUAAUUCUGCAGUCUAACUAUAACAUGUUGGUGUUUUUUACAUCUUUUAUUUAUCUACACACAAGUGUUUUAAAUCCAGAUUGUGUCUGAAUGUCAGUUUUUAAAGCUUCUUCACUUUCUAAAAUACAGAUUGACACACACUUCUCAAGCAAAUAUGGCCAGAAGUAUAAGGACGGCCUUGUUUUGGCUGGUUAGUUCCAAUGAAAGGAAAUCCUUAGAUGAUAUUUAGCAUGGUAUUUUAGACAAAAGUUGGCCUCAACCCCAGUCAACACCUCAAAGAUGAAGCAGAACACUGAGCCAGCAUCAGUGCUGGUUCUCUCCAGUGCUUGUGGGCUGUUAAUUGCAGCAGGUCAAUGCCCAUGGUUUAGAAUGAUUGGUUCAAAUAUCACAUGUGGGUGCAGUGUCAGGUGUCUACAUACUUUUGGCCAUGUAGUGCAUCAUAAAGGUCUAUGAUUACUGUCUUUCAAAUGUGGACGCAUUAAAGGAACAGCAACAUGUUUAGACGAGUGCUUGUUCAUGGGUUAGACAAGAAGAUCAAUGCCACUUCGUGUCAGUGAGCUGGAACCAAAAGGCCGUUAGCCUAGCUUAGCAUAAACCAGUUUACUAGUUUGAUUUAGAAGGGGAUUGUUUGUCAGCGCUGCCCCCAUGUGGCCACAAAAUGACUGAGCAACAGGAAAUUCAGGUUUUAAAACGCAGGUGCUCAACAGUAACAGAAUUUUGUUGUUAUAUCCACACAGUUACAUGUUUUUCUGUUUUCCAUUUGCAUUUGGAGUUCUGGACAAGAGCAGUAUUGAUCCUCUUAUCGACCUCAUGACAAAAAAAACUGUCCUUUCAUGUCCUUGAGAUGUGUUUCCAUUGCUCUGUAUCAUCACAGCUGAUCUGACGUAGCUGACUGAUUGUCCAUGUCGUUAUUUAUCACUGAUCAGACUGGAUUUGUGAGGUUGUUUUUUUUAAGUGUCUUCCCUUUAUUUUUGCAGAAACCUCUCCUCGUUUGUUUUUAUUCUGAGCCUUUUCUCUUUAAGAUAUGUAAUCUGAAUUGCAUUUUAUACCUCAUAAAAAUGUGAUUUGUUUUGUUUUCUAUUUGCGUUGGGCUCUUAGGAGAGUAUCAGACUGUGGCUCAGACGUGAAAGGACACUGUCUGCAUAUAGAUUUAGAAAUCUGGGCUCAGGCUUUCAUUUCAGUUCAGAUUUAUUCAUCACACAAUCUGUGAUCACUGAACCUCUUAAAAUAAUCAUCAUCUGAGCUGAGCCCUUUUUUAUUAGAUCCAUUUCAAUUAUAUAUGAAUCUCAUUCUUUCUGGCUUUUCUUUACUGGAGGUGAAAUGAAACUGAGCUUCUGACUGCAGGGACUGUUUACCACAACACCAGAUAUGAUCUCCUCUUCCCUUCAGCGUAUAAACAAUACAUUAUACUGGGUUUAUGAAGUCAGCACCUCUCACAGUAUCUGGCAUUUUGCAAUGGGAUGUGCAUACACAAAGUCAACACAUCAACAUGUCAGCAUAAGUAUGAGAUAAUGUGGUCAAAACUCCCCAAAGUUUGACACACACACCUCUGUCAGGAGAGAUUUAAAGAAAGUGAAUAUGAAUGUUUUCUGAGGUUAACAACACAGAGCAGAGUUUGGAGAUUAGACAUCGUCAGUGGGAUUAAUCCUGAUAAACAUGAAACCAAUAAAGACAGGAGAUAGGUAGACUCCCCUGCAGGGUGAGGUGAUGACAGGGAGAUGGUGGGUUGUGCAGCUGUAGGCCUGAAAGAGAGGAUAACAUAAACACAGGUCACUGAAGCCUGAUUGGCUGCAGGAACGUGGGCAGGAAGAUAAAUGGCAGCGAGGGAUUUGAAAGAGUGGAAAAAAAGAAAGUGUUGGACUGGAUGGACAUGGAAAAGCAAGAAUUCCCAAUAGAAGGAGAAGUGAGAAGGAUAAAGAUCUGCCUUACUGAACAUUUGCAAAAGCUUCAUUUGUUUUGGUCCAGGACUCUUCUCUUAUAGACAUCUCUCCUUCUCCUUACUGUUUUUUGUUUUGUUUGUUUUUAACCAUCUUUAAAUGUUCUGCAAAAAUGUGAAGAAUGUAUCACUAAUUCUGAUCUGCGCUACAUGUUUGCUGCCCCCUGGUGGUGUGGAGUUGAACGUGAAUGUACGGGUGGAUACAUGUUGAGUUCAAACUAAGCCUUAACUGUGUUCAGAGUUUCUCCAGCAGGACAAGAGAAGAUGCUGUGGUUAAAACGAUGGGUGUCUUUACCAAGCUUCUGCUCCUCUGUUUCUGACUGUGACACACUUUUUGUAUAAAAGCAAUACUGAAAACACUUAAUGCCAUGUUACUGAUGUGAAUGACCCUGCAGACUGUGGACGAGAAACCGUGAAUGAGCCUCUUUACCUGCUAUGACAAGUCAAACUGUCUGCAGGAUAAAAACAGAUCCAGUGAGACACUGAGCUCCAGAUAUCCAGACUUUUAAUAAAACUGAAUCUAAACAGUUA